AUGUCAUGGGGAACCUCGGCUCAGAUUGGACCACUGCUGGAGCUCUACAGAUUUCCACAGGUUACCUUUGGCUCAUUUGAUCCUAAGCUGAUGGACAGUGGCCAGUAUCCUUCUCUCCAUCAAGUGGCCCCAAAGGACACUUAUUUGGCCCUUGCCAUGGUGUCCUUAAUGCUUCAUUUCCACUGGACAUGGGUGGGCCUGCUAAUCACAGAAGGCCAUAAGGGUCUUCAGUUUCUCUCAGAUAUAAGAGCUGAGAUGGACAAGAACAGAGUCUGUGAGGCCUUUUUGAAAAUAUUGUCAACUGCGGCUGUGUCAUAUAUGUCAGCCACGAAGAAACAUGAUAUCCCGACUGAAGAUACAUUAUCGGCCAAUGUGGUGGUCAUUUACUAUGAUACUGAUAGUGCAAAUGAUAACUGUAUCCCUAAUGCUUCUCUGGCUUGGUUGCCUCCGAAUCGUUUUAACACAGUUAUGAGUGAUAGGAGCUACAACAUAUACAAUGCUGUGUAUGUUAUGGCCCAUGCCCUCAAUGAAAUGCUGUUUGAAGAAAUGCUAACACCACCAAUGAGAGAUACAAAAGUGUUGUUUUUCCCUUGGCAGCUGCAUCGCUUUCUGAAGAACGUCCAAUUUGACAACCGUGCUGGGGACAAGGUGAACUUAGAUAACAGAAGAAAACUGGAUUCACAGUAUGACAUUUUCAAUUUUUGAAAUUUUCCAGAAGGCCUUAGACUUAUGGCGAAACUAGGCACAUUUUCCUCUCAUGCGCCAUAUGGCCAGAACAUGACUUUAUCUGAGGAUAUCAUAGAAUGGGCCACCGGAGCUACCAAGACUCCUCGUUCAGUAUGCAGUGAGAGUUGCAGUUCCGGAUUUAGAAAAAGCCCUCAAGAGAGAAAGGCUGCCUGUUGUUUUGAUUGCAUCUCUUUCCAAGAGAAUGAGAUCGCCAAUGACUCAAUGGAUUUGGAACAAUGUACAAAGUGUCCAGAUCAUCAAUAUGCCAAUAUUCAGAGAAGUUACUACCUGCAAAAGGCUGUGACAUAUCUGGGUUAUGAAGACCCCUUGGGAAAGGCUCUGGCUGUCACUGCCCUGAGCCUACCUGUCCUCACAGCUGCUGUUCUUGGGUUCUUUGUGAAGCACAGAGACAUUCCCAUCGUCAAGGCCAACAACAGGGCUCUCAGCCACACCCUACUCAUCUCCCUCACCUGCUGUUUCCUCUGCUGCUUGGUCUUCAUUGGCCAUCCCAACGCAGCCACCUGCAUCCUGAAGCAGAUCACAUUUGGAAUUGUGUUCACUGUGGCUGUUUCCACAGUCUUGGCCAAAACUAUUAAAGUGUUGCUGGCCUUUAAGGCCACUGCCCCAGGCAGAAGGAUGCGGCAAUUGCUGACAUCAGGGGCACCAAACUAUAUCAUCCCAAUCUGUUGCCUGAUGCAACUCACUCUCUGUGGCAUCUGGAUGGGGAAAAAUUCACCCUACAUUGACACAGAUGCUCACUCUGAACAUGGCCACAUCAUCAUGUGCAACAAGGGCUCCCUCAUUGCCUUCUACUGUGUCCUGGGAUACCUGGGCUCACUUGCCCUGGUGAGCUUCACUGUGGCUUUCCUGGCCAGGAACCUGCCUGACACCUUCAAUGAAGCCAAGUUCCUGACCUUCAGCAUGCUGGUGUUCUGCAGCGUGUGGGUCACCUUCCUGCCCGUGUACCACAGCAGCAAGGGGAAGGUCAUGGUGGUCAAGGAGGUCUUCUCCAUCUCGGCUUCCAGUGCUGGGUUGCUGGGUUGCAUAUUUGCCCCCAUGUGCUAUGCUAUUUUGUUAAGGCCAGAGAAUGAUUUUCUUCCUGAGAUGAAAGUGCAAUCUAUUAGCAACAACUCUAAUGGCAUCCAUGCCACUGUCUUAUUGGAAAAGAACUGGAUCAUAUCUGCCCAGGAGGAGGUGGCUUCUGGGAUAUUACUAGCAGUGGACCUCGAUUAA